UCCAAGAAAUGAACAAAAAUAUGCCUACAAAAAGUGUAACAUUCAACCAAACUUUUUUCUCAUUCAACAAUGGAGUUACAACAUUAUUCCCUUUCUCUCUUCACUUUUCUCACCAUGUUGCUUCUCAUUCUCACUGUGAAGUACUUAUCCAAGACAAUAGUAGUAUCAAAAAGAUCACCAACUCUAAACUUGCCUCCAGGUCCAUGGAAAUUGCCUAUCAUAGGAAGCAUUCACCAUUUAAUUGCAAGCCAAUUACCUCACCAAACUCUUAGAGACUUAGCCAAAAAGCAUGGUCCGUUAAUGCACUUGCAGCUUGGUGAGAUCUCUGCGAUUGUUAUUUCGAGUCCUCGGGUAGCCCAAGAGGUACUAAAAACUCAGGAUAUUGCCUUCACAAAUCGUCCUGAGCUUCUAAGUGCCAAGAUUUUGAGUUACAACUAUUCAGACAUCGCGUUUGCACCUUAUGGAAAUUACUGGAGACAAAUGCGUAAAUUGUGCACGUUGGAACUAUUAAGUGCAAAGAAUGUUCUAUCAUUUGCCUCUAUUAGGGAGGAGGAAGCAUUAAAUCUUGUUGAAUAUCUUGAAUCGAAAUCUGGAUCCAUUAUCAACCUUACAGAAAAGAUGUAUGCUCUCACAAAUGCUGUAAUUUGUAGAGCAGCAUUUGGGAAGAGGUGGAAAGAAGAAUCAGUAUAUUUCAUGUCUUUGAUAGAGGAAAUGUCUUCAAUGGUGACAGGUUUUGACAUAAGUGAGGUGUUUCCUUCACUCAAAUUUCUGCAAGCCAUUACUGGGACAAAAGCAAAAUUAGUGAAGCUUCACAAAGAGGUUGACGAGAUGCUUGACAAGAUAAUAGAAGAGCACAAUGAGAAGCUACAAAAUCAUCAAAAGAAUGAUGAUCAACAAGAGUCAUUAAGAAAAGAUGAUUUGGUGAAUCUCCUAUUAAGACUUCAAGAAAAUGGCAAUCUUGAAUUUCCCUUCACUGCAGACAAUAUAAAAGCAGUCAUAUUGGACAUGUUUUUAGCAGGAACUGAAACUUCAGCAACAGUUCUUGAUUGGGCAAUGGUUGAAUUGAUGAGAAACCCCAAAGUUAUGGAAAAGGCACAAACAGAAUUGAGAAGAAUCCUCAAGGGUAAAAACAAAGUAACUGAGAUUGAUUUGAAACAAGCUAGCUACCUUAAAUUAGUAAUCAAAGAAACUAUGAGGUUACAUCCACCACUUCCUUUGUUACUUCCACGUGAAAGCAGGGAACAAUGUGUAAUUAAUGGAUAUCACAUACCAAUAAAAACAAAAGUAAUAGUAAAUGCGUGGGCAAUAAAUAGAGAUGCUGAAUUUUGGGAGGAUGCUGAGAGCUUUUUACCAGAGAGAUUCAUUAAUUCUGAUAGUAAUACGAAUAUGGAAUUUAUAGGACAGAAUUUUGAGUAUUUACCAUUUGGUGGAGGAAGAAGAAUGUGCCCUGGAAUUUUAUUUGGGUUAGCAACUAUUGAGCUACCUUUAGCUCAACUUAUUUACUAUUUCAAUUGGAAGCUGCCUCAUGGGAUGAAGCCUGAGGAUGUUGAUGUUACUGAAACUUCAGGUACUAGCUGCAGGAGGAAAUAUAAUCUGUGUGUAAUUGCUUCCUCUAAUGAUAAUGGAAUUUGAUAGUUAAGAGUAUAGAGGAUGCAUGAAUAAGAAGAUGGAACAAAAGUAUUGUGUCUCAAGUAUGAUGAGUAAUAAUCCUUCCAUUCUAAAUGGAUUAAUGGUGAAAAAUACCGCUAAAUCAUAACCUUUUUUUUUUAGAGUUUCACACCUUAACUAUCAAUUAUUGUGCUGCCUAAAUAAACUGUCACCUCUACACGAAUUCCAAUGUUUCAUACCUCAAUUAUCAAUUCUUUUAUAUUGAAACACACCUCAAUGCUAAGUUAACCAUUCAAUUUAAUUAAGCCAUGCGUCAUCAAUCAAGAUGGGACUUGGAGAAAAUAAAGAGUGUAAAAAUGGAGAGGAGUCGGAUCCUGUUACCAAUAAUAAAAUGGUGUAAAUGGUCAUCUUCUUCAUGAUUUCAGUUCUUUUAAAUCUGCAGGUGCCCUUUCAUGGUUGUCAACAAAUUAUAAAACCAUUUAGAGCCAAUAAGAAUACUGGCUAAAUUACUUUAGCAAUUUUUGAAAUAUAGAAUAUAUCUUUCCUAAUAAAUUUAGCUACCUGACUUAGUACAGUAGUUUUCAUGCCAAUCUGAAUCUGGAAACAGUUUUUAGGACUCAUUUUCCCUUGUAUAUGAUUUUUCUUAUUAAAAAAGUCAAUCCCAAGUAUUAAGACAUACUAACAUUUUUUUUA